AUGUUGGCGUCUUCGCCCUCGCCUUCACAGGCCGCUUUGCGUUCCCCGCUUCCUUCAACGGGUUCGCAUUCGCAUUAUGAGCCUUCUGCUCCACAAUUCAAUAGCCCUCGAUCAUCACGUAUGGUUGAAGAACUCCGGUCGGCCUUGAACCGGCAUACCGUCGAUCCCUCCCCUGAAACCUCAGCCAGACGCGCUUCUACAUCUGCAUCUGACGCCCGGAAGAACACUUCGGCCUUGGCCUCGCAACCAGUCGCCGCUUCAACCGCUUCGCCUACAAACCCUCUCACUGCCCCCUCGAUGCCCGCCCCUAUCGCUUCCAACAAGCGCAAUAGCAAAAGCGACCAUCACCCGGAUGCGACGCCGGCCGAUUAUGAUGGCCAAGACUUGGAAAGGUCGCAGUCUAAGCGUCUGCGUGCCUCCAAGCCUGAUGUCAAGAUUUUGCCCACGGAGUACGAAUUGGCGGAACCCCGUGACAUGGUCGUGCUGAUCUCCAGUAUGCUCAUGGAGUUGAUCCGAUUCAAUGACAAGAUCCCUCUACACCAAGGCCGUUUGACUCGCUUCCACUCGCGCUCGCCGCCCCGAAUUUCCGUCCAAGAUUACCUGCAGCGUCUUACCACCCACGCCACCCUCUCACCCCCUAUCCUCCUCAGCAUGGUCUACUACAUUGAUCGACUGUGCGCACUAUACCCCGCUUUCACCGUCUCCAGUCUCACCAUUCAUCGAUUCCUGAUUACCAGCGCCACAGUCGCUAGCAAGGGACUCAGCGACAGUUUCUGGACCAACAAGACAUAUGCUCGAGUGGGCGGAAUCGGCAUGACGGAAUUAGCCAUGCUGGAACUAGAAUUCCUGUUCAAAGUCGAAUGGCGCAUCGUUCCACAACCAGAAGUGCUUGUGGAUUACUACCAGAGCCUCGUCGAUCGAUGCGACGGGUUCGAAAUUGAACGCCCCUGCGAGAACGGCGACUCGAUGGCUGGUCCUACUGGUAUGGCUCCAGCGUCUUGA